GCUCUGUUUUUAACAGACAGGUUCCUGUUUUUCUGACAGCUUCCUGACGAGUGAACGGUGAACAUCGUGCUCAGUCUGCAGGAUUCACUCUUAAAGUAUGGCUACAGUAGGAGUGGAUGUGAUGGAGACAGCAGCUCUAGGGAGAUCCUUCCAGCUGGGGAUGCUGUACGACUGCAGGAAAGAUGCUCUCAUACCAGGAAUCACACUGUGGGAUCCAGAGAAGCUCCAGCAGAGUUUACGAACCCGUCCCCAAAUUAACACAGAUUUCCAAGUCACGUCUUCAGACUCCAUUGAGGACAAAUCAACCUUACUGAACAUCGACGGCUCUCUGAAACUCAGUCUUUUAGGAGGACUGGUCAGUGUGACAGGAGCAGCCAGAUAUCUCAACGACACCAAGAAGUCUUUCAGACAGCAGAGACUGACGCUGCAUUAUCACUCAACCUGCAGGUUUGAAGAGCUGACCAUGAAUCACCUGGCACCUGAAAAUAUCAUUAAUCAGGACGUGUUUGAUAAUGACACAGCGACACACGUGGUGACAGCAGUGCUGUAUGGAGCAGACGCCUGCUUCGUGUUUGACAGAGAAGUUUCAGCAGAUGAGAACAAAACUACAGUAGAAGGAGAAGCAAAACUGGCUCUUGAGAAACUCAAAUUCAUUUCAGUAGAUGUGGACGUCAGUCUGAAGAUGGAUGAAGCUCAGAAGAAUGCAGUCCAGAGAUUCACGUGCACGUUUUAUGGCGAUUUCCAGUUACCCUCAAACCCGACCUCUUUUGAAGAUGCUCUGAAGGUUUUCACUGAUCUUCCAAAACUUCUGGGAGAAAAGAAAGAGCUUGCUGUUCCUCUGAGAGUUUGGCUCUAUCCUCUGGACAAACUUCACUCGAGAGCUUCGAAACUUCAGAGGGAAAUCGGCAUGGAUCUAAUCAUAGCCAUAGAAUCAGUGAUUGAGAGUCUAAAUGCAGCUGGGAUGAGAUGCGGUGAUCUUCUGAAAGACUCACCCGCUCUGACGUUCACUGCGUUUCAUGAUAAAAUUCUGCAAAUGAAACAAAACUGCUACAAGUACAAACUGAAGCUCGCGAAGAGACUCGGCUCUCUGCUGCCGAACAUCCGCGGAGACGUAAUGAAGGAAACGACUCUGAAUGAACUUCUACAAGAGCACGAGGAAUCUCCUUUCAGGAGAUCUGACCUCGCAGAAUGGCUGAAAGAGAGAGAAAGAGAGUCUGACGUCAUUAAAUCAGUCCUCCGGCAGCUGAAGGAUGCCGGUGCACAAGCAGAAGUCAACGUAGACCUGCUAUUAAUGGAUCUGGACGUUGAGAAUCUGGUCUGUUUCAUAUUCACAUCCCUGGACUGGACAGAUGUGCUGCUGCUUCAACAAAAGGACUGUUUGAGUCCUUCAGCGAAAGGAAGAAAUAACGAGAACCGCCCUGAUGCAGUGCAGAAGUCUUGGCUCAGUCCUGAGAUCCAGAAGACCAUGAGGAGCAACUUGAAGACAUUUAAGAGCUUGAUCGAUUCAGGAGAUCGUAAACCAGCCAGGUUCAUUGUGUCCUCGAGAGAAAUGGAGAAUAAUCCAGGCUCCUGCAUUCUGCUGUAUGAAAGUGAAUGUGAUGAAGGGGUUUGCUUCAUUCCUCCAUCACAGCCAGUCUGUCCAGUCUCUGAAGAGGUCACAGAUGAAGGUGUAGUUGUGAAGGUUGCUCCAGCGUGUCCUGCUACAGAGGAGCUCAGAUUACUGUAUAAAGCCAAGCAGGACUCAGUCUGGACUUCUGAACCGGUGAUGAAGGAUCAACACACAGUUACUCUGACUGAUCUGAGAGCAGGAACUGAAUAUGAGAUCAUAUGUGCAGCGCUGGGGAAACUCAACUACACUGUGUACAGUGACGUCACUGAAGUUACCACUGAGGGAAGGAGCAGUGUGAGUACUGAAGAAGCUUCUUCAGGACGAGGUGACGUGACCCGAAGGAGUCAGAAUUUGAAAGUAUUGAAGAAUCCCGAUGUUUCCAGCUUCAAGCAGCUCAAGCCUUGCUUGAUCAAACCAGAAAGCAGCACAAAGAGCCAAUCAUCAGUGUCCUCAUCGGAGACGUUUAAACUGAGACUGAAGGAGGAGUUUCAGUAUCUGAACGACAGACAAAGCCUGAAUGACGUCUUCACUGAACAGCACAUCACAGAGGACCCUGAUUCUCACAUCAGCGAUGACAGACACAUCAUGCGCAACGAUGUGUUUGAAGGCCAGCACAUCAGGACAGUUUUGCUGAAGGGAGAUGCUGGCGCUGGAAAAACUGUGACUGUGCAGAAGUUCAUCCUGGACUGGGCUGAAGAGAAAUCAAACACCGAUAUCGAUUAUAUAUUUCCGAUGCCUUUUCAGAAGCUGAACGUCAUCAGAGAGACGGUGAAGAAGUGUAGCUUCACGGAGCUCCUGCGGCGAUGCUUCGAAAACACUGAAUAUGUGAAACUCAGCGACUCUGAGAGGAUCGUGCUGAUCUUCGAUGGACUCAAUGAGUUUAAACUUCCUCUAGAUUUCAAAAACGCAAAGAAGAUCACUGACGUACACGAGCCAGUGUCAGUGUCUCAUCUACUGGUAAACAUCAUCGUGGGACAUCUGCUUCCAGACGCUCAGAUCUGGAUCACCAGCAGACCAGCGGCAGCCAAUCAGAUUCCUGACGGGUUUAUCGAUCGCGUGACGGAGAUCCAAGGCUUCGAUGAGCUACAGAAAGAGGAGUAUUUCAGAAAGAGCAUCAGUGAUCAGAGAAUGAGUGAUAAAGUCAUCAGUCACAUCCAGAAAUCCACCCGCAUCAGCAGCAUGUGUUACUCACCAGAUUACUGCAGAAUCAUCGCAGCGAUCCCAGAGAAGAUGUUCACUGAUUUCCCCAAGACCCUCACUCAGAUGUACAGCAGACUCCUGUUAGCUCAGACUGAACUGAUCCCGGAGAGAAGAGAGAGCGUCACGGCUCUGGGGAGACUAGCGUUUCAUCUGCUGGCGAACGGAAACUCUCUCUUCUGUUACGAACACUUAAAGAAAUGUGGCAUUAGAGACGAAAGUGUCCUGAUGCGCUCAUCAAUCAUAAAGGAGAUUGAAGAUCAGAGCAAGCGGAAAUUGCUCUGUUUUGGGAAUCGCAGAACGCAGGAGUUUCUGGCAGCUUUAUAUGCGACUGAAGUCAUUAAUGGGAACAAUCAGCUCCAGCGCAGAGAUCUGUCCAGUCUAGGACUUUACUAUGGAGAGAUGUGCUUCUCAUCAAACUCUUACCUCAAGAGUGUGAUGAAAAAAGCUUCAGAAAGACAGAUGGAUCUCUUCUUCUGCUUUUUACUGGGUUUGUCGCUGGAGUCCAGUCAGAGAGCUUUAAAAGACCUCCUGAAGACCUCCAGCUCUUCAUUCAGUCACAAGGCAGUUCAACACAUCAAAUCAAUGAUCAUGGAGUCAUCUCCAGAAAACACAGACAAAUGCAGUCUCCUGUUUGACGCUUUGAAAGAACUGGAUGAACGAUAUUUAAUCCAGGAAAUAAAAACACAGCCGAAAUCUGGACUCAAACCCUCUCCUGCUCAGAUUUCAGCUCUGGUGAAUUUAGAAAAGUAG